AAGACUUAUAUCAUCUGCCAGGAGCUAUAGCCCACGAGAAAGAAAAUCACCCCGGCACCACAGCAUUUCACCUCGCCGUGGUCGCAGCUACAGCAGGUCCCCACCAUAUUGUCGUUCUCGUCGUGAUUCUCCCUAUGCUAAUGGAGAUUAGAGUGGCAGGCCCAAAUUGUGCAGAUCAGGAAUUAUCAAAUGACAUUAGUGGAUAGAAUAUGUGCUAUACUGUAGAUCUAAUAGGAUAUGUGAAUGGUGGAGAUUUAUGUUACUUGUGUGCAUUUCAUGAGGAUGAGGAUUGUUAGAACCUGUGGGUUUGCAUGGCUUCUGCUCUACAAAGUGGUUUCAGCCACUGAAAGGGGUGCCUUGGACACUGUUUUGUGUUGGCUGGCUGUCUACAGUUCAGCAUGUGAAAUUGCGAGGUCUCUUUCUUACUUCUAUUAACUGUUAUCUACCUGUGCAUUCAUAUCUUUUGUGCCUUUUUGUUACGUUGGUAUCUUGUGGUAGAUUAUCUGUUUAAAAUGGAUGAAAUACUAAACGAUUUAUUUGUUUGCUUUGACUCUGAGGUGUGUUUUUGAAGUAAAACAGCAACGUUUCGCCACUUUACCACAUCUAAGUUGAUCUGGUCUCCUCGUCACUGCUUCCCUGCAUCACUUCAUCUAUUUGUCGCUGCUCCUGCUCAUUAUAAAGCUUGUGAGUUUUAUGUUGAGUUUUGCUUAGGCUCAAGAUAUUUGGUUGCAAACCUUCUGUGGUGCUUGCAUCAGCAACAAUACUUCUAGAACAUAGGACCUUCUACAUGUCUGCUGGCUGGUAAAAGAAAGCUGGAAAACCAUACUUGUCAUUUUCUUGUUUGCUUUUCGGCUUUACAUCAUCUGACUUCGUGUAGCUUUGUCUCAUUACUGGGCUAGAAACUGCAAUUGUUUAAAAUGUGCAACACCCUUUCGUAGUGUGACGUCCUCUACAUCUACUUCUGCCAUCUGGCCCUGCAAGGUGUUGUCCUAGCAUGUUCUCCUCUAGAAAAUGCUUAGUGUUGUGCUCGAUGAUAUGCUGGGAAUUGAUGAUAUCUCUUAGUACAAAGAUUGCACUAAAGCGCCCCUACAACCUGCACCAACUUCUAAUCGAUGAUCAACUACCUUUUUUCCUCAUAUGUUGUUUCUUCAGGAUUUUAUAUACCGGUUAGAUUCCUGCUUGAUGUUUUAAGCUGAUGUUUGGACAUCCGUCGGUUAAUUGCAAAUUCUAUUUGCCAAUUUGUUACAUCAAAUCUUGUGACUGUAAUUUCAAAUUCUUUCUUGAUGUUUCUUUUGAUUUAAGCCCGUGUAACUUCUGGAGGCA